AUGCCGGGCGAUCAAACCCACGUGGCCUGGGGCUACAGGUUCCUCAACAGGGGAGUUUGCUUCACUUCAGGCUACUUCCUGGCUUAUGCCUUCUGCAACCCAGAUGUUGACAACGUGUACGAUGUCUUCCCUCUUAAACGGUCGCGUUAUGCGUUCAUAAACGCCUAUAAAGUGAAGCCUGAAGACCAAUACACGUUCGAAUGUCGAUGGAAGGACUUGGCCCGAUACUACCAAAUGCAACCUGGGUACUUGUUCAACAAGCUUGAGAAGCUCCAGAACAUACACGAUGAUGCCACGUAUCAGUACUAUGACGUGAUGCAGUGGUCCACUGGCGAGGCGUAUCGGCGGGCGACUAUGAAGGCAAUACAUAAAGAGUUGGUCCACGAGUUACCAUGCGAGAAGUACCGCCCGAUAAUGUAUAAGUUGGUGGUUGACGACACUGAGUUCAGUCCCACAGAGUCCGUGGCGGCUCGAGGAGGCGGUGUGGCGCCCAGUUAA